UUUCCCUCCUCAGCUCUGCUCCUUUGCACCUCUUUCCUUCAGCCGCUUAUUUUGACAACGAGAAUUUAAUAUUCUUGAUGAAAUCGAGUUUGCUUUUCACUAAUUUGGUGUUAAGGUAAAAGCCUAAGAUGACUAAACAAAAACAAUACCUAGAAUCAAGUACACAGGAAUCUUAUGCUGGUAAUACUGUUGCCUUACCUCGUUUGAAUUCUUCAUUGUCUGUGAGUAGUUCCACUGAUGAUGAAAAUAAGCGAUCUACUUGGAGUAGACAGCUUGAUUUCUUUUUAUCAUGUGUGGGGUAUGCAGUUGGUCUUGGAAACAUUUGGCGGUUUCCAUAUUUGUGUUACAAAAGUGGUGGAGGUGCAUUUCUCAUUCCAUAUGCCAUUUUUCUGGUGAUUUGUGGAAUUCCAUUAUUUUUCUUAGAAAUGAGUCUUGGUCAGUUUGGUAGUCUUGGUCCAAUUGCAAUUUGGAAAAUAUCACCUAUCUUUAAAGGGUUAGGAUUUGGAAUGGCUAUAGUUUCGGGAGUUGUUUGUGUUUACUACAAUGUUAUUAUUGCAUGGGCUCUUUAUUAUAUAUAUCAGUCAUAUUCUGUAUCUUGGUCUUCCUGUGAAAAUGCAUGGAACACUCCUAAUUGUGUGUCGCAGGAUGAUAUGAAGAUGCAGUUGAACAUUACAUCAGUUGCAAACAUGACAAAUCUUUACAAUUCUUCUGAAGUUUCCAGGCUAUCAGAUUCUCUCUCAAAAAUGACAUCAAGUGAAGAAUUUUGGCUUUUUAAAGUUUUGAAACAAAGUACGGGCAUUGAGAGUAUAGGUGGAUUCCAGUGGCCCUUAGUUCUGACUUUGCUUAUUGCUUGGAUUCUGGUGUUUAUGUGCAUGAUGAGAGGAAUCAAAACAUCUGGCAAAGUUGUAUAUGUAACUGCAACUUUUCCUUAUUGCGUUCUCUUGUGCCUGCUCAUUCGAGGAUUAACUUUACCUGGAGCAUGGAAUGGGAUUUCAUUUUAUUUGAGCCCUCAGUGGGAAAAGUUGCUAACUUUUAAAGUCUGGGGAGAUGCAGCUACACAAAUUUUUUAUUCUGUUGGUGCAGCUUGGGGUGCUUUACUCACUAUGGCUAGUUACAAUAAGUUUAGCAACAAUGUUUAUAGAGAUUCAUUGGUUGUUCCUCUCAUCAAUUGUGGAACAAGUGUUUUGGCAGGUUUUGUUGUGUUUUCUCUUCUUGGGUUUAUGGCAGAAGAAACUGGCAAAAGUGUAGCUGAUGUUGUUUCUGAAGGUCCUGGACUAGCUUUUGUAGUAUAUCCUGAGGCAAUAUCUAGGUUACCUGUUUCUCCUGUAUGGGCAUUUCUGUUUUUCUUCAUGCUUUUUACUGUUGGCUUAGAUACCCAGUUUGGAAUGUUUGAAACUGCUGUUAGUGCCUUUGUAGAUGAAUAUCCUAGUUUCCUACAAAAAAGGAAGACUCUAUUUACAGCAUUCCUUUGUAUUCUAAUGUUUCUGUUGGGUUUACCUUGUGUGACUCAAGGUGGCAUUUAUGUAGUACAACUGAUGGACUGGUAUAGUGCUGCAUUUUCUCUGAUGGUUAUAUCUCUACUGGAAACAGUUGCUGUAGCAUGGAUAUAUGGUGUGGAUCGUUUUCUUCAUGAUAUUUUCCUUAUGACUAGGAAAAGGCCAUCUUCUUGGUGGAAAAUAUGUUGGUGUUACAUAACUCCAGCUACUAUCAUAGCUCUUUUAUUUUUCAUUCUUAUCAACCACACUGCUAUAACUUAUAACGAUUAUGUGUACCCAGAUUGGUCAAUUGGCAUUGGAUGGAUCAUAGCAAUGUGUUCUAUUACACCCAUUCCAGUGGUCGCAGCUGUGACUUUGUUUAGAGAGAAAGGAAGUUUUAAAGAAAGAUUGAUAAAAAGUUUAAGGCCUAGUUCUGAUUGGGGACCUGCUUUGGAAGAGAAUCGAAUUCAAUACAGGAAAAGCCUCAGUAUUGUUUCCAGUCGCUUUUAUCAGAAGUAUACUGAACAAGUACCUACUUUAGUAAAAGACAUUGAUGUUGAACAAGAUGAACAUAGUGAAGCAUGCCCUUUCCGUACUGAAACUGCUUUGUAGACGUAUGUCUUGUGAUGUUAUUGUGAGGGGCUAUUAUAUUCUUCUGACUUGUUUCAUCACCUUAGAUUUUUAAGAAGGAUUUUGAGUUAAAGAUUUUUUAGAUACUUCUAUACUUACAUUAUCUCUGGUCACCUAUAUUGACUUUGGUUUGGUUCUUUAUACAUGCAGUUAUGAAAUUAUUAUUAAGGAUGAUUAAUGCAAAAGCAACUUUAAAGCGAAUUUAGUACUUGAUAUAUCUUUAUUUCGUAUAUAGUAAAUUAAUAAGAAUUUAAAAGUAACAUUAGCUGGUUUAGCAGCAUGUGAUAUUUUUUUUUUUUUUUUUUUCUGAAAUCUUUAGGUUUUUUUUAUUUUUUUUUAUUUCCAUUGAACUGUGAUAUUUUAUUUCCUGUUGUUAUAAGCUUGGUUUGAAAUAGUUUGGUAGUUAAAUAAUAUUGCAAUUAAAUAACAGAUUUUUGCUUUAAAUCAUUUUUAGUAUAUUGUCUUAGUAAGUUAAAUUCAGCUUGCAAAUCUAAGAAUUUCUCUUAAUUUCUUCCUUUUUUCUUUUUUUUUUUUAAAUCAAAAGCUUCAGAUUUCUAUAAAAUUCUUUUACCAUGUCAAGCCUUUAACGGCAGAUUAAUAAGAUUUUUUUACAAUCAAUUUUUAUAAGCUUAUAUCUUACAAAUUAAUUAUACUUAACUUUCUUUUUAGUAGUUUUUCUUGUGUAAAAAUUAUUAUUUUCUGCCCUCUGCGUUCCUCUCUUAUUGUUUCUGUUGUUAAAUGUGAGAUUUUAUAAACAAGCUUAUGCUACCUUCAUUUUGUAUAUUUUCUUUUUAUAUUGCUAAUUAUUGUAAAAUUAAAUUUAUUAUUAAAGGGAAAAAAAUUACAGAAGAAUUUUAUGAAAGAAGAAUGAA